AUGCCUGCGCCGAACCUGCCCGGACAGGCUCAGAAGCAACAGCCGGAGCAGCAGCAGCAGCAGCAGCAGGAGGAGGAGGAGGGGCAGGAGAAGGGAUGGGCUUGGCAGGAUGAUCCCUGGGGAAGGUCGGGACUGAGGCGGGCAGCAUCUGACGAUGGUUCCUGGCAGGUUCUGCAGGAGAAGGUGCAGGCAACAGGUGAGACGAUCAAUGAGGAAGGGGGGACAGCAGGGGUUGGAAAGGUGAGCCUGCGAGAGGAAGGGAAGAGCGGGAGUGAGAGUGGGAGGAGGAGUGCGAGGAGGAGGGUGAAUCUAGGAGGGUGGAGGGGGAGGGUGCGGAGUGGAGAGGCGUUGGAGAGGUUUCAGAGGAGUGUGGCUGGGUUGCUGGUGGAAGAGGAGGUGAUUGGUGUGGCUGCAGCAGGUAUUGUGGCCGAUGCUGCUGCGAUCGCGGGCGGAGAAGCAGGGGCAGCAGGAGGAGCAGCAGGAGGAGGGGGAGCAGCAGCAGGACCGGGGACACACGCUAUGGAGUUGAUUAAUCCUAGCGCGGAGUUCUGGGCUGCUGGGUAUGGGAUGGCUGAUUCAGAUGAGCAGCGGUGCGGCAAGAGGAGCCGUAUGCACACUCCUGAGCCUCAGGGGGCGGGUGAGGGGAGUUUCGGAACCUCUGAAAGGCGGUAUUCGCAAGAGGCAGGAGAGGAGAAGGAUGAUUCUGGAAGGGAGGAUGGUAGCGGGGAGGAAGGUGGAAGGGAGAAUGUUGAUGAGGAUAUUAACCUCUCUGCUGCUUUUAUGCACAACCUGAAUCUGCAGCAGGGGCAGCAGCAGGGGCAGCAGGAGGGGCAGCAAGAGGGACAGCAAGAGGGGGAACAGCAGCAUAUGCAGCAGCAGGAGCAGUUGGAGCAGCAGCAGCAGCGGCUGCAGCAGCAGAAUCAGCAGCAGCAGAGGAGGCAGGGAGUGAAUCUGGAGAGGUGGAGCAGCGCCGUGCUUCCAAGCGUGGGGAUUGAUGCCAGCAGCGCAUGGCUGACCAGUGAGGAGCCGCCACGUGUCCCAACUGAGGCCAGGAUUCAUCUCGAGGAGGUUUGGGCGUCGUGGGAGCAGCAGCAGCAGCAGCAGCAGCAGCAGCAGCAGCAGCAGCAGCAGCAGGAGGGAUGGGCGCUACAGGGAGUGAGCGAGGGGGUGAGGGAGGGAGAGUCGGACGGAGAGAGGGAGCGAGGGAGCGAGGGAGAGAGGAGGGGAGAGAAGGAGGGAGUGGGACUGGGAGAGUUGCCCCCCUCGCUUGCUGCGUCUGCCUUCCAGCCUUCCCACUGGCUUGAGAUUCCUGUUCCCAGCAGCGCCUCUCCCUUAAACCCGAUUAGUCCAGGCCCUUGUGCAGCAGCUGCUGCUGCUGCUGCUGAGGCUGCUGCUGCUGCUGGUGGUGGUGGUGGUGGUACUGCUGCUGGGGGAAUCGCAAGUGUACACCCUGGGACGGAGGGUUCUUCCCAUGGGUACCCUACAGAUAUGAUCGGAGCCCUUGCCCUCGCUCGUGUCCACUCUGCUGCCUUCUCUGCUGCUGGUGGUGGUGCUGCUGCUGGGGGAAUUGCAACUCUACCCCACGGACUGGAGGGAUCCCCCCCCAAAUACCCUAUAAACGCGAGUGGAUUGCUCUCCCUCGCUCGCGCCCAUUCUGCCGCCUUAUCGACUGCUUUCUCCUCUGCUGCCUCUGCAGCCACACCUAACACUCCAUUCCACGCUCCAAGGGCGCUUCCCACCUCUUCAGCAGCAGGAGUGGGAGCCGUGGCUGCAGGCACCCCCUCUGUUGGUUUCUCUAGGGCACGUGCUUAUAACGAGCGCGAUCGUGACGAAUUCGCUGCAGGAGGCGGCAUGGAGGAAGCCGAAAGCAGGCGGCUGGCUUCUGGGCAGUCCAUGGAAGACCUGGUUACCAUGUUACCCAUGUUACCAGCGCUCCCAGGGGGUUACGCAAACUUGCUCCCGGAUGUGGGAUCUGCAGCGGAGGACCCAGAGGUGGUUGACUUGGCCCGUGUGAUUCUCAGGCAGAUUGAGCAGCAUCAGAGGAACACAGCGGGAGGAAGAGGAGGAGGAAGAGGAGGCAGAGGAGCGGCAGGAGCAGGAGCAGGAGGAGGAGGAGGAAGGGGGAAUUCUGGGCAAGGCGGCUCAGGAAACGGCAUGGGGAGAGGAGCGGGUGGUGAGUCGGACGUACCGAGGAGGGAGCAGCAGAUGGGGCACCCAUCAGGGCAGGACCAGGGAGGGCAUGGUCACGGGAAUGCGGGGAGCGGCAGCAGUCCUCCGAGGGACCUUUCCUCUCGGAUUGCAGUGGCUGCGGCUCUUGCUAUAGCAGUGGCCUCUUCUCGAGCGAAUAGAGAUGCUGGUGGAAGAGGAGAGGAAGGAGAGGCAGAGGGAUUUCGAAACACAUUUGCUACCGGUGCUGGGAGGAGUGCAGAAGGUGCUGCUGCCGGUGCUGAUGCUGCCAGUGCUGGUGCUGGUGCUGCUGGUUUUGCUGCUGCACGUCCUUUCCUCUGUGAUGCUACUACUGAAUCUCGCAUGGAUUCGGAGAUGUUGGGAGCGGUGGGAGGGGAGUGCGGCAACCCGCAGCACCAUGACGUGUUUGCGCUGUUGGGAGGAGGGGAUACUGUCAGCAUUAGUGACUUUAUGGGAGAUGGGGAUGGGGUUGGCAAGUGA